AUGGAGAAUUCAGACGUGGAAAAGACUCCUGCGCCACUCGCUAGACGUAAAGGAGGUAUUCGGACAAUGCCUUUCGUUAUAGCAAAUGAGGCAUUUGAAAAGAUAGCAAGUUUUGGACUUCUGCCAAAUAUGAUAUUGUAUCUUACCAUUGAGUAUCAUUUUGAUGCUGCAACUGGAACAAGCAUUUUGUUCAUCUGGCUAGCCAUUUCGAACUUCAUGCCAAUCUUGGGAGCUUUCCUUUCUGAUUCAUAUUUGGGUCGAUUUAUUGUGAUUUGCAUGGCAACAAUUGUUAGUCUUAUGGGACUGAUUGUACUGUGGUUAACAGCCAUACUUAAACAGGCAAGGCCACCUUCUUGUGAUCCAUCUAAAGGAAAUUGUAUCAAACCAAAUGCAGGCCAGAUUGCACUUCUUUUCACAUCAUUUGUGCUGAUGUCCAUUGGAGCUGGUGGCAUUAGGCCAUGUUCUUUAGCAUUUGGAGCUGACCAAUUCGAAAACCCAGAAAACCCGAAUAACGAAAGGAUUAUGCAGAGCUUUUUCGGAUGGUAUUAUGCUUCUGUUGGGCUCUCACUCAUGAUUUCACUCACAGUAAUAGUUUAUAUUCAAAACGAAUACGGUUGGAUCGUUGGGUUCGGAGUACCGGUUGGCCUCAUGUUGGUGUCUGCCAUUGUUUUUUUCUUCGGUACAAAUCUUUACAUUAAGGUGACGCCAAGCAAGAGUUUGUUUACUGGUUUUGCUCAAGUUAUAGCAGCGGCUCGGAAGAAUAAACACGUAGAUUUCCCGUUAAAGGAUUCCGAUGGAUGCUAUUAUCGUGGCAAUGAUUCAAAACUUGUUGCUCCAACACGAAGAUUAAGGUUCCUAAACAAGGCCUGCAUAAUUCAAAACCCGCAGAAAGAAUUAAACCCUGACGGUUCAGCUUCAGAUCCAUGGAGUCUAUGCACGAUCCAGCAAGUAGAACAGCUCAAAUCACUGAUCAAAGUACUCCCCAUGUGGUCGACCGGCAUUGUCAUUGCCAUCACCAUUAGCCAACACUCGUUUCCAGUACUCCAAGCAAACACCUUCAACAGACACUUCAUUGGAAAGUUCAGCAUCCCUGCUGCCUCCUUCGGCCUGUUUGGAAUCCUUACUUUAACACUAUGGAUAGCUAUAUAUGAUCGAAUCCUCGUCCCUUACCUAACAAAGUACACCAAAGACCCUCGUGGGAUUCCUGUCAAAUACCGUAUAGGAAUCGGGUUAUUGAUUUCUUGUCUCUCCACGACCGUGUCAGCAUUGGUUGAGAAAAAGCGUCGCUCAAGAGCCCUUGAAGAAGGAUUAGCAGAACUUCCACAUGCAGUGGUGAACAUGACUGCAAUGUGGAUAGUUCCACAGUAUUGUUUGAGUGGAUUGGGCGAGGCGUUCAAUGCCAUCGGCCAGAUCGAGUACUAUUAUUCGCAGUUCCCCAACAACAUGGCUAGUAUUGCAGUGGCACUUUUCGCGUUGGGAAUGGCCGUUGCUAACUUGAUUGCAAGCUUAAUAGUUAAAAUUGUGGAUGAUUGUUCGAAAAAGGGAGGGAAAGAAAGUUGGGUUUCGACUAAUUUGAACAAGGGACAUUAUGAUUAUUAUUGGUGGAUUCUUACAAUGCUUAGUGUGGGAAAUGUGUUCUACUAUAUCAUUAUCAGCUAUUUUUAUGGGAAUUUUGAAGAAGAAAAGGUUUGGAACGAGGAUGACGACGAGAAUAUCAAGGAUGGAAAUGGGGACAUCAUUGAGAUGGCAAAAUCAAAAGAUUCUCCAAAAAUUUUAGCUAUUAAUUGA